AAGCACCGAGGGUGGGUGGCUGGUAAAGCCAUGACCAAGCCCGAGUCGAAGAAAAGCAGCGUGGCCGCGAUCAACGCCACCGGCAAGUGCGCCACUGCCGCAUCCGCCGCCGAGCAGGUCAACAACGGAUCCCUGGAGCCCGGCUGUCCGGAUAAGAGCACAGAUAUCAAAGCCGGUGUGAUGAAGCAGACCUCCAGGGAGAGCCUGCAGCGGAGGAACACGGAGUGCGAAGUCUACGACGACGGCACCAACACCUUCUUCUGGCGAGCUCAUACUGUGACAGUGCUGUUCAUUCUGACCUGUGCUCUGGUCUACGUCACGCUGCUGGAAGAGACCCCGCAGGACACGGCCUACAACACUAAGAGGGGGAUUGUGGCAAGCAUCCUGGUGUUCCUCUGUUUUGGAGUGACACAAGCCAAAGAUGGACCCUUCACCAGACCACAUCCAGCCUACUGGCGAUUCUGGCUUUGUGUCACUGUCGUCUACGAGCUGUUCCUCAUCUUCAUACUAUUCCAGACGGUGCAUGAUGGAAGACAGUUCAUGAAGUACAUUGACCCCAAGCUCGGGGUAGCCCUCCCGGAGCGUGACUACGGAGGAAACUGCCUCAUGUACGACCCAGGCAACACCACCGACCCCUUCCACAACAUCUGGGACAAGAUGGAUGGCUUUGUUCCAGCUCACUUCCUGGGAUGGUAUAUCAAGACGCUGAUGAUUCGGGAUUGGUGGAUGUGUAUGAUAAUCAGCGUCAUGUUUGAGUUCCUUGAAUACAGCCUGGAGCACCAGUUACCUAACUUCUCCGAGUGCUGGUGGGACCAUUGGAUCAUGGAUGUGUUGUUGUGUAACGGUCUGGGGAUCUACUGUGGCAUGAAAACGCUGGCCUGGUUGUCAAUGAAGCCUUACCAGUGGCAGGGCCUGUGGAACAUUCCUACGUACAAGGGGAAGAUCAAGCGUAUAGCAUUCCAGUUCACACCAUACAGUUGGGUGAAGUUUGAGUGGAAGCCUGCUUCAACAGUUCAACGCUGGCUUGCUGUGUUAGGCAUCAUCUUUAUGUUCCUCCUGGCGGAGCUGAACACCUUCUACCUGAAGUUUGUGCUGUGGAUGCCUCCUGAACACUACCUGGUGCUGCUCCGCCUGGUCUUUUUUGUCAACGUGGGAGGCGUAGCCAUGAGGGAAAUCUACGACUUCAUGGAUGACCCGAAGUUCCACAAGAAGCUAGGCCAGCAGGCGUGGCUGGUGGCAGCAAUCACAGUGACUGAGUUCCUCAUAGUGGUCAAGUAUGACCCCAACACCAUCAUGCUGCCCAUCCCCUUCUUCAUCAUGCAGUGUUGGUUUCUAGGAAUCGUCCUCAUCUUUACCUGGACCGUGUGGCGGUUCUUUUUCCGUGACAUCACACUCCGUUACAAAGAGACCCGUCGACGCAAACAGGAAGUCCCCACGGACCGGGAACGUCCCCUGGGCAACGGCAACACAGCUACCCCCUCUGGGCGGAGCAAACUGAACGGCAGCUCCGAGACGGUGCGGCAGAGAAAGUCCUGAGGGAGGUAGUAAACCAUUGGUCAGCAGCUGGAGGGGAAAAAGACAAGGUUUGAUAGGGGGAAAAAAAUUUGAAGACUGAAGGAGAAUCAUGACACAAAUACACAUGUAGAGGCAAACUGAUGGACACAUGUAUGUGCUGUGUAGACUUUUUUUGUGCCUACAUGAACCAAGUAGUCAUUCAACAGAGGCGAGGGAGGUGGAAGGGGCAAUUUUCAUUCUGUACAUUGUCUAGUUAUCGUCUUACUACAGGGAUUUACCUCAUUCUAUUUUUUUAAAAAACAUUUGGGGAAUUAUACACAGGACGGGAUACAUUUUUGUGUUAUUUAUACAUUACUUUUAAAAGAAAAAGCUGAAUCAAAGUGAGGUAUAGCAAUGGAAGGAGGGAUAUAGGUGACCAGGGAAGUAGAUAGACUCUUGACAAAUAAUUGACAGCAGUUUCUAUUUUCUCAGCUGCACUUUAUUUUAGAAAACAAGAGAUAAGCAUCAGGAAAUAAGUCCGCCACUGUAAAUAUGCUUUGUUCUGUGUUGUGCAGUCGCAUCAGUGCAGGUGAGAAAAAAGGAUUUGGAGCAGUGACGAGUUUCUGUAGGUAACUAAUGUUCAGUACCAACCUGCAGUUGUCUUGCCAAGCAGCAGUUAAAAUGGAGCUUUGUUUAUAAUGACACAUUUCUGUUAUGUGCAGUUAAAACUACACUUUCUUUUUUGUUCUAUUAAUUCCCAUGCAUUUUUGACAAUUUAGAGUACUCUUUUCUUAGGUUUCAUCCCAGGCUCUUGAGGUUACAUGUGGGAGACAAUAUAAGCUUUUCAUUUACAGUUAGGGGUUCUCAUUCCUGGAAGCACUGAGCCUCGAGGUCCUUGUAACUGCCGGGGAUCCUCCCUCAGUCUGACACAGUGAGGAAAAAGUCCUCUCAGGCUUUGUUCUUGCAAAGGACAAGCUUGAUGUACCAUAUUCUAGGUAUUUAACUGCUGAUAAUGUACAUGAUAUAUGGGAUAUAGUUUGAUUGUUUUUUUUGUAGAUGUUUUCUUAUCACUAUUAUUAUUUCUUUAGAAUAAAUCAAUUCUGAACACUAGAUUCUCAAGUUCCUUUUUCGUAAAACAAGGCACUGAGAAAUCUGCAGCACUCUAAUAAACACAUUCAUGACAAUCACACUGAUGGGAAGCUGUGCUCCCUGUUGAUGGAGACAUGUUGGCUCACAUACAGCACAGUAACAGGAGGGUAAAUAAGGCUAGGCUCCGCUCGUGGCUCAUUCAGUCAUACCAGAACGUGGAUUUAAUAUCUGAUUAUUUUCAUGCCAAUUGUUUUUUUGUUUUUUUUAUUUAACUCCUGAAUUUUUAUUAAAAUGUCAUGUUCUGCUGUGUCUGAAUUAGCUGAGACCAAAUGAAAACACAUCUUAUCUUAAGAGGGGGUAAAGGUUUAGUUGUGUUUUGGUUCGGGUAGAGAACCAAUCUUUCCAACUCUGUGGGGUUGCCAUAUUGCACAUGCAACAAGCCAAAGCUCAGAUCUCAUUCUCGCUGAAGCCAUAAAUGCCACCCAGACUCACUUGAGCUGCUCAAACGGCUGCUCAACCUCAUUUUAGAUUCCUUUUCAUUUCAACUAAAGCAGAGCAGAGUCCCAAAGCCAUCAGGAGAAGUCAUGUCAGCGUACAGUUUCUAUGUUACAAAAGGAAAUUUACUCUUAAAGGUCAGACCACUGAAACCUAAUUUACUUAAAAACAUUACAGACCUCAACUCACUUAUUUCUGUAACAUUGAAUGUCUCAGUCUAAACGUGGAGUCAUCAUAAGGUUGUCCUUGUCGGUUACCAAGUUGUUAAAUAUAGAGCUGUAACGAUGAGUAGAUUAACUGAUUAGUCGACCAAUCAGCAACUAUUCUGAUGAUUGAUCAUCAAGCAAAAAUGCCAAACAUUCUCUGGCAGCAGCUUCUCUGGGGUGAGAAUUUGCUGCUUUUCUUUCCCCUGUCUUAUGUCUCUUCUUAUUAUAUUGUUAACUAGAUAUCUUUAGGUUUGGGACUGAUGAGAAACUAUAAAUUAUUGAAGCUAUAAAGGCAACUUUUCACUUUUUUUCUGACCUAUAGACAAAACCAUGAAUUAGUAAAGAAAAUAAUCUGCAGAUAAAUCGAUACUGAAAAUAAUUGUUAGUAGCAGUCUUUGGUGUUCUGAACGUUUCAUAAUGAUACAAAAAUAGGCUUUGCUUUAAAAGAAAAUGAGGUCAAACUGAAAAAAACACCCUUGCGUUCCAGUCUGUUUGGAUAUUCGCUGUUCCCAAAACAUGUCCUUCAGAAAGCUUUUGUCUGUGUUCUGUUAAGGUGCUGUGGCUGUCAGAGAAUCAGUUGUAAAUCUCUGUUACUCUUUGUCCGAGUAGCUACAUACUACAAAGUAGACGACAUCUGUGAAUAUAGCUCCAGACUUUUGUGUUGUAAACUAGGCAGGAGUUUAAUGACACUAUAGUAACUUUCUUGUGAAUGUAAUCCAGCAGAAUCUGCUGUUCAAAUGAGAGGGUCUGAUCAUCAUUUAUCACUUUAUUAUGCCAUAGACACAGAAGUUUUUCAUGCUUGUAACUGUUCUGUGCAUCUUUCACCCUCUUUUUUGAAUACAGAGAUUGCUGUGUAAAUUUAAAACCCUAAAACUAAUGUUUAGCCGAUAUGUCAAAGUCUGUACUAGUUAUCCUGUGCUGUGCUAAUCCAGUCGCUUGUUAACUUGGUAGAAGUUCCCCCUUUCUUAAAUGAAUGCUUUUUAAGCGUGGGCUGGGGGGCAAAUUCACUGUGUACCUGUGUCCAUGCCUCAGAUUGGUCUAAAUGCUUUUCUUUAAAAUCACAUUAAGACUUAAAACAACCCAAGUCAUGAAUUUGCACAUCAGCUCUGAAAUCACAAAACAGUGAAUUUGGAAAAUGAACUCAUAAAUGAGCUGUGGAACAGAAAAGGACCUUUUCCUUCAGUGUGUUUUAAGGGUUGAGUGUGCUAUCACUUGCAGCCACAUAGGGGCGGUAUAUGUUCUCUUACUGUCCUCCUUGGCCAAGAUCAUUCGCAACGUGCUGUAAAAAAGCCAUUUUCAACUUGGUUUGUGUAAAUGUGAACAUGUUAAAGAUCAUACAAACUGAAAAAUGCUGCUGCACCACAUAAUUUUAUAAUGUUUUCAAUAAAAUCAACUGAAAACCUGAAAUAA